AUGGCCGCAAUGCCGGCGCCGCCCGUGGGCUUGGCCGUCCUGGUGCUCUUCGCCGCCGCCCUGCCGGCUCUUUAUGCCGAUGACCUCAACACCGACGCGCAGGCGCUGCAGGCGCUACGCUCGGCGGUCGGCCGCUCGGCGCUGCCGUCGUGGAACAGCACGACGCCCACGUGCCAGUGGCAGGGCGUCACCUGCGAGAGCGGCCGCGUCGUCGAGCUCCGCCUCCCCGGCGCCGGGCUCAUGGGCAGCCUCCCCUCGGGCGUGCUGGGCAACCUGUCGGCGCUCCGCACGCUCUCCCUCCGGUACAACGCGCUCACGGGGCCCAUCCCCGACGACGUCUCCCGCCUGUCCGAGCUCCGGGCGAUCUACUUCCAGCACAACAGCUUCUCCGGCGAGGUCCCGGCGUCGCUGUUCGAGCUCAAGAACCUCGUGAGGCUGGACAUCGCGGGGAACAAGUUCACCGGCGAGAUCUCGCCGGACUUCAACAAGCUGAUCCGCCUCGGGACGCUGUACCUCGACGGGAACAGCUUCACCGGCGAGAUCCCCAAGCUGCAGCUGCCUGCAUUGGAGCAGUUCAACGUGUCGUAUAACCAGCUCAACGGGUCCAUCCCCAGCACGCUCCGGAAGAUGCCGAAAGACUCCUUCUUGGGCAACACGGGCCUCUGCGGGGGUCCACUCGGCCUGUGCCCCGGCGAGUCCGCGCCCACGCCGGCCGGAUCGCCGGAGUCGCAGCCGGGAGCGGGCGUCCCCGCCGACGUCGGUGGCGGCAAGAAGAAGAAGCUCUCCGGCGGCGCCAUCGCUGGCAUUGCCAUCGGCUCCGUGUUCGGCGUGCUGCUCUUGCUCGCCCUGCUUUUCUUCCUCUACCGCAAGAGGUCCAGCGCGCCCCGGUCGGCGGCGGCAGUGGAGAAGGGGCGGGAACUCGGCAUGGAGCCUAUGGAUGUCGAGCCGAAGGGACAGAACGGCUCAGCAGCUGGCGCAGGCGGCCACAACGGCGCUGCGGCGGCCGUGGCAGUUCCGAACGCCGCGGCCGCUGCGGCUACUGCGGCGGCAGCGAAGACCGGCGGGUCGACCGGGUCCAAGAAGCUCAUCUUCUUCGGCCCCAUGGCGGCAGCCCCGCCGUUCGACCUGGAGGACCUGCUGCGCGCGUCUGCGGAGGUGCUGGGCAAGGGCGCGUUCGGGACGGCGUACAAGGCGGUGAUGGAGAACGGGUCCGCCGUGGCGGUGAAGCGCCUCAAGGACGUGGACCUCCCGGAGCCGGAGUUCCGGGAGCGCAUCGCGGCCAUCGGCGCCGUGCAGCACGAGCUGGUGGUGCCCCUCCGCGCCUACUACUUCAGCAAGGACGAGAAGCUCCUCGUCUACGACUACAUGUCCAUGGGCAGCCUCUCCGCCCUGCUGCACGGUAACCGUGCCUCCGGCCGGACGCCGCUGGACUGGGAGACGCGGUCGGCGAUCGCGCUGGCGGCGGCGCGCGGCGUGGCGCACAUCCACUCGACGGGGCCCACGGCGUCGCACGGCAACAUCAAGUCCUCCAACGUCCUGCUCACCAAGAACUACGAGGCGCGCGUGUCGGACCACGGCCUGCCCACGCUCGUCGGCCCUUCCUUCUCGCCCACCCGGGUGUCCGGCUACCGCGCCCCGGAGGUCACCGACAUCCGCCGCGUCUCGCAGAAGGCCGACGUCUACAGCUUCGGCGUCCUCCUGCUGGAGCUGCUCACGGGGAAGGCGCCCACGCACGCCGUCGUCAACGAGGAAGGCCUCGACCUGCCGCGCUGGGUGCAGUCCGUCGUGCGGGAGGAGUGGACGGCCGAGGUGUUCGACCAGGAGCUCCUCAGGUACCAGAACGUGGAGGAGGAGAUGGUGCAGCUCCUCCAGCUCGCCAUCGACUGCUCCGCGCAGCACCCCGACAGGAGGCCCGCCAUGUCCGAGGUGGCCACGCGGAUCGACGACAUCCGCCGUUCCAGCCUCGGCGGCAGCGACCGGCAGGCCGCCGACAGCGCCGAAGGCGACGAGCCAUCUCUAUAA